AUGCAACAAGUUCAGCGAUCUGACAAUAGCUUCAAUAAAACCCUCCAGGGCGUGGAACAAAUGGUUAAAAACAGUCUUCUUACCGACGCUUCUAUCCAAGCAGAAAAGGCAGCACUAACAAACCAGGUAGCAACACUGAAGCAAGAGCUGCAACAGUUGAAGGAUUCCUCAAAAAGAGAAAGGACAUUGCUGACGAACAAAAUUCAGAGCCUUGAGCAGCAGCAGCACAUGUUGGUGCAACAAACAUCCAACGUUAUUGAUCAAUUACUUACAGGGCGCAUACGUUUGGUAAAUGGGAGUCAUUCGCGUGAGGGUAGAAUUGAAGUCUUCUACAAGGGACAAUGGGGAACAGUCUGCGAUGACAGAUUUGACGUCAAGGAUGCUAGGGUUGUCUGCAGACAGCUGGGGUAUCCGACCGCCUAUCCAACUGUGUACGCAAGUGCCAGAUUCGGACAAGGAACAGACCCAAUAUGGCUGGACGAUUUAGACUGCGUGGGUAGCGAACUUGACAUAAAAUCGUGUGCAAACAGAGGUUGGGGGAAACACGACUGUUUCCACACCGAAGAUGUCGGUGUAUCAUGUUAG